AUGUCCCAAAGUACCACCCCACCAGCACAGGGAUCUGGCGGUUACGAAGUAGAGUACAAUUAUACAGAUAGUGCCUCUGUGUUCCGCUGUUUCUCUUGCUCUAGUGGAUGGAAGAACUGUUCUGGUGAGACGGCUCUGCCAUACCCAGAGAUUGUGGCUCUGGUGCCUUGCCCUCAGACACACUCUUGUUUCGUGAGGCAGGAUAUUAACGGAGAAUACCACCGAGGAUGCGCAGACGGGUUCUUUUCCAAUAUCGAUAUAUUGGGGCGAAAGAUGGAGUACUUGGAAGGGUGCAUAUGGGGAGAGCAAGUGGCUAACUACGGUUCGUUUGUCAAAGCCUGGUGCUUCUGCAACACAGGUGGUUGCAACAUCGAAAGCUUCGCUUCUCUUGGUGGCGAUUCCAUAGAGAGAUCACCAUUGGCGUAGUGGUUUGAAGUAGGACCUGUUGCGCGCGGAUGGUCUCACUGUGAAUGGCGGUUUUGUCAGUUGCAUUGUGGGAUAUAUGAAGUGCCGAUGACAAUGAAGCUGUGCUCACCAGCUGUGCUGUAUAAUAGGACGAAAUUCAACCUAUCAGGGCACGCUUAUAGAUAUUAAAACUGUAUGAUGUAAUAAGAUAAUCACAGAGGCACAUGUACUAGUAAGCAUUCAUUUGGAUUUGCCUUUCGAUAUGCCUCUAUCUACCUGUUUGUGAAUUAAUUUAUCUUGAUUAUACUUGUGUUG